GAAGAGGAAGAGCCUUUCGACAGGUCCGGUUCUUAUUAUAGCUCAGUGAGAUAGCAAACCCUUCGGUGACUGCCAUAAUGUGUACAUCCCUAUACUACCGAUUCGGGAUUCUAUAGCCGCAUAUAUCCACUUCAUAAAUAAAAGUCGGAAUACAUUUCGAGAUAUCUUCGCUAUUGGUAGCUAGAGGUCGCUGAAAGGUUGCAUCAUCUUUGUUACCGGGUGAGCGCUGUCUGAUCCGGAGCCACAAUCAGAGGCUAACAAUUCGGAUUACAUUGGUGACAGGGGAAGAGGGACGAUAUGGUCCUAUUAGUAACUGACUGAAUAUGGGACAAGAGGUUUUUGUUUAUUGGCCCAACAUCAUAGGUUAUAUCCGCCUAGUCUUUAUACUUUCUGCUUGGACUGCCUUCAACAAUCCACCCGUGUUUCUCUCCACCUACUCCAUCUCUAUCAUUCUAGAUGGGCUGGAUGGAUGGCUAGCUCGGAGGCUUGGGCAGACCUCCAGGUUUGGGGCCUGGUUAGACGUGGUGAUAGACAACCUUGGGAGAAGCAUGGUGUGGAACCAGCUGUAUGAAUGGGGCUGGCUGGUGUCUUCAGUGGAGUGGUGUGUGUUUGUGUGUAACCACACUGCCCGUGGUGCCCAGUGGAAGAGCAGCUUCUCAGACAGCCCUCUGUGGGUACAGACCGUCAUGGCCAAAGGGUUUCGGACGCCCCUGGGGACGUGGGUGAUUGGUGGUUUACAUGGCCUACCCCUGUGGCUGUAUGGGUACCAGCGGGGGGUCCUCACCCACCCCCUCUGUGCCCCCCUCUGGCUGCAGACACUGGGGACUCUGAUCCUGGCAGCAGGGAGGCUCCUGGGUGUCUCAGUGGAGAUAUGGUGCAUAUGGGCUCACAUUAAAUACCUUACCAAAGAUGAGGUGGAGGAACAGAGGGAGUGAGAAUGACAGAAUACUGAAGCACUCUGUUCUACGCUGCUGAUAAAGCCUCAGGAACUCAUAUUUUGACAGGGUCCAAAUGUGCUGUAAACAAAAAAAGCAACAUUCAAUUAAAACCGAGUUUUGAUUAAAAGAGACAAAAAGAAAAGUGAAGAGCACUUAUAAACGGAAGUAAACAAACUACUACUACAUGUUGCUAUGAUUUGACCUGUUCUAUACUCUUAGCAAAAGCAAUGAGCUGAAUCUAUCCAUGAAGGUGGUUGCAACACAUGAAUAUUCACUUUUGACCUACA